CUCUGCAUGCAUUUUGAGUACCUCCUCUUCUCUGUGUUUAUUCGGUUCUUUUACGGGUACCGAAAGGAAGAACAAAUCAGUCUCUUAUAGGAAGGAAGAAAAUGGUAGUACCUGAUGGUGGCGGUGGCGUUGGCGUUGGCGGUGGUGGUGAUGGUGGAGGAGAUGGGUUUUGUUCAGGGUAUUCAUCGUCUUUUCUGUCGAAAGAAGUUGAAGGGUCAGAGAGAAGGGUGAAAGCAGGAGAUGAGAAACAGAAACUUAGGGAAGCGGUUAUGGUUCAGGAAAAGCACAGUGGGGAUGCACCAGACAACACUACCGCAGCUUGCGGAAGCGGCGGUGGACGACCCUCUUCAUCCUCUACAAAAGGGGAGACCUUAAUGAAACCAGUGAAAGAAGAGCCGGAGGAGACGUUGGUCGGAGAUGAUGUGAUCAGCUGUGGUGAUGGUGUUCCUAAUGGCAUAAACUUCGACUGUAAUAACAACAAUGGAUCCUCUUCUUCGAGUUCAUCGGCGGUUUUGCCCAAACCUAUGGAGGGGUUACACGAGUUGGGUCCACCGCCGUUUUUGAAGAAGACGUUUGAGAUGGUGGAGGACGAGGAAACUGAUCCGAUUGUAUCAUGGAGCGUGACUGGUGACAGCUUCGUCGUCUGGGAUCAACAUACGUUCUCUGAGAAUUUGCUGCCCAAAUACUUCAAGCACAAGAACUUUUCCAGCUUUGUUCGUCAAUUGAACAGCUAUGGGUUUACGAAGAUUGAUCCAGAUAGAUGGGAAUUUGCAAAUGAAGGGUUUCAAGAAGGGAAGAAGCAUUUGCUCAAAAAUAUUAAGAGGAGAAGCAGGUAUAACAAUCAGCAGCAAGGAGCAGGGAAUGGUGCGGAGUCCGUUAGUGUUGGUUUAGAAGGCAAGGUUGAGCUUCUGAAGAAAGAUCAGACUACAUUUCAGCUGGAAAUCCUGAAACUAAGACGACAACAGGAGGAAUCACAGUAUCAGUUGAAUGCAGUUGAAGAGCGCAUUCGAUGUGCAGAAUGCAGGCAGCAGCAGAUGUUCAACUUCUUUGGUAAAAUAGCCAAAUACCCCAACUUUGUUCACCAGUUAAUCCAGAGGAGGAAGCAACAGAGAGAGCUUGAUGGGUCUGAAUUCAGCAAGAAACGCAAAUUGCUCGAGAACCACGCUGUGGAAACCUUACCUGAUGCCACAGAUAAAGAACAAGAAUACGUUGGUUGCAGGAACCAGAUUCAGGAACAUUUGGAGUCAAUGCAACCUGAACUGACAAAAUUCUCUUAUGGGGUGGAAGAGGAGACUGGUAUUAUGGAGAAAGUGUAUUCGACUCCCAUGGAUGAUAAACUGUGCAGUUUUGUUCAGGAACCAAAUUGCAGUGUCAUGGGUGGAAGUAAAACAAAUGCACCAGACAUGCCUUAUGUUUAUCAAGUAAUGUCCGAGAACCUAAUAGGGGAGAGUUCAGGUGCAGAGAACAAGAAUGAAGAAGAGCUAGCAGUGAAUGACUCAAAAAUUUAUCUUGAGUUGGAGGAUUUGAUAGGUAAGCCAUGUAACUGGGGAGAACAUGUAAAUGAGCAGAUGGAGCAAAGUGGCUGUGUUGGAUCAUUUCCUUGACUGCAUUGAUGGGUAGAUGCAUGGUGGAUGCUUGGUCUUAGUUGAUGGCAAGAACUUGACAAAUGCUGGUUACUAAUGUUCACAUUUUUUCUAAACCUUUUGCACCUUUAGUUUCUUUUCUUUAGUUCUAGAUGUCUAGUGUUGUCAUCGUUGGAGUACAAAGAAUUUACAGUAUCAUAACACUAUAUAACGGCACAGCUUGUUUCUUUAAAAAAUGUAUGGUAUGAGAUGAAAAGAGUUAAGACCCAUGUGUCAAUCAUGAAUUCAUGAUUUUGAAAUUCUACUGCAGCCCUUCUCAUUCUCUAUACCACCUGCUGUCUUCGCCAUUCAAUUCAGCAGUUCUUCUGGUUGCUAUGUUUUCACGAUUGUGGUUAUAUAUGUUUUGUUUGCCAAAUCAAUCCUUAU